CGUGAUUCAAGCCUUACUAAUGCACCGGUGCAAAGCAAGCUAGUAUCUUCCUUCCAGCAGCACACAAAGAAAGCACUUAAACAGAUUUUACAGAUUUCUGUUUCCAUUGAGCUGUUGGAAGUGCUUGGUUAUGUGUGCCCAGCUGUUGCUGAUCUUGUACCUUUGAAAAGAAGGCUUAUGGCACGCUGAUUUCCGAUCAGUACUGAUCAGUUCCAUACUGAUUUACCUCAUUUUCACACUCGAGAGUUUUGGCAUGUAAGGACCUCUUCCUGGGAAGGUACUGAACUACUCCUGCAUCUGCUAGCAGUGGUACAUGGGCACACUACUGUGUGCAUUAUUCUUGCUCUGGACAAGGCUAACUCCAGUAUGGACAUCAAGUCAUGGCAUAGUACCUACAUGCUUCUGUCUGGUCCAGUUUCUGUUCCAUUGACUUGAGCUGAUACUUUUUUGUGGAAGUCUUCGCUGUAUACAGAUUUAUCUUUAUCUACCAAGAUGUUCUUGGAACAUUUCUCAGAAGAAAGGAUCAUACCUGCAAACUGGCCUCACAUAGGUAACACUGAGAAUGUGUGAAUAUCCAGGACAUUGAGGUGGUGUUAGUGUCUGUUGGACUCUGAUAGCCAAGUGUAAGAGCACCUUGCUCAUCAGUGUACCAGGUGGUCCCUGGGUCAAUACCAAGAGAGGAGAAAGAACUUGAAGAUGCGCUCUCAUGGUGUCUGGGAUGAUAGUAGACCUCCCAGACAUGGAAGAAAAUCCUGCCUCCCUUUUGGCACUUUGGAAUCAGCACCAAGAAGGGUACCCAUAAAUUUUCUGUUGGGAGAAGAGAAGGAUACUCCAUUCAGACUCAGGAUCUGAAUACAGAACCAGGACAUGUCUGAGACUGUGCUGGGCAUCCAGAUCUCUUUGUAGAGACAGAAACUCCAGAGACAGCAGCCAAGUGGGUUUGGGAGGAGAGAAGCUCAGGAAAUAAGGGAAUCAACACAAGAUGCAACAAAUGUACCAAUGCCACAGUCGGAGAAUUCUGGCUCCCUAGCUGAAGCAUUUGAUCAGAUGUCUGGCAACAUAAGUGAUGAUUCUUGACAAAUUUUCCUGACAACAAAUGGAAAAGAAGGAAAACAUGUUGCUUUUUGACUUCUAGAGAGACAUGGGAAGGGACACUGGAGUUUACAAAAUGCAUUCCGGAAAAUGGAAGUUCGAAGAUGAUAAACUAAACUGAUUUUCUGAUUGCCAAGACAAGUCUAGGGAAGAGGACAGAGAAGCUAUGGCAGGGAGACUGCAUAAGGGGGAAAAGAAGCUGGGAGAGCAAGAGUUCCAGCAGAAGCUGUUCAGGGAGUACAUGCAUUGCCCGAAGGCUGGCUGCACGGCUUUGAGACAACAGCAGAAAAGAAGAAAUGGAGUCUCAAUGAUGGUAAACAAGACUGUUCCUCGUGUUGUUUUGACACCAUUAAAGGUGUCCGAUGAGCAGUCGGAUUCACCUUCAGGAUCGGAAUCUAAAAAUGGCGAAGCAGAUGGUUCUGAUAAAGAGAUGAAACAUGGGCAAAAGUCUCCAACUGGAAAGCAAACAAGCCAGCACUUAAAGAGAUUAAAAAAAUCUGGUUUAGGACAUUUGAAAUGGACCAAAGCUGAGGAUAUUGACAUAGAAACACCGGGAUCUAUUCUAGUGAACACUAACCUGAGGGCUUUAAUAAAUAAACACACCUUUGCUUCUUUACCUCAGCAUUUUCAACAGUACCUCCUGCUUUUGCUUCCAGAAGUAGACAGGCAGAUGGGGAGCGAUGGAGUUUUGCGCCUCAGUAGCUCCGCUCUAAAUAACGAGUUCUUCGCGUACGCGGCGCAAGGGUGGAAACAGCGGCUGGCAGAAGGAGAAUUUACACCAGAAAUGCAGUUGCGCAUCAGACAAGAGAUUGAAAAGGAAAAGAAAACAGAACCUUGGAAAGAAAAAUUCUUUGAAAGGUUUUAUGGUGAAAAGUUGGGAAUGUCAAGAGGAGAGUCAAAGAAGCUCACUGCAGUGCAGAACAAUGAUGAAGAUGAAAGCAAUUCUUUGUGCAGAUCUUCUGGCACACCUGGUCCUUCUAAGCAAGCAACCUUUGAGGAUCAAGAGGAGAAAGGUGCUAAAGUUCAAGCUUUACCAGAGAGAGAUUAUAGUCCAUCUCGUUGUAGUAUGGAGCAGGUUCCUGUCAAGGAUCUAACAGCAGAUUCUGAGGAUAUACUGAUACCUGAAGAAUCAGUAAUUCAGGAGGAAAUUGCUGAAGAGGUCGAGACAAGUAUUUGUGAAUGCCAGGAGGAGAACCAUAAGCCAGAGCAUGAGUUUUCUGAGGAGUCUGUAAGUCCAGCUGGCACAAAUGAGGAAACAGAGGCAGUACAGCUUGCAGACAGCACUGAGUCCUGUGUCAUGAUGAAUGAUGUAACUGAUACUGCAUCUCGCAUUGAAAUUAAAGUAGAGUUGAAGUCAGAAUGCCCUCAGGAGGAGAUGUCAGUUGUGAUAGAUCAGCUGGGGGAUUGCAUAUCACCAGCACGAUCAGCUUCAUCCACAAACUCUGUCAGCGGUACAGCUGACAAGGAUUCUGAGUCUGCAAAAGAGCUAAUUGUGCCAGAAAUGCAAAGUGCUGCUCUGGAAGGCUCCUUGUUCACUGGUGGAGGAAUUGCAGUGGAUAUGGAGCUUCAUAGUGACCCUGAGGAGCAGUUGUCUGAGAAUGCUUGUAUUUCUGAAACUUCCUUUUCCUCUGGAAGUCCAGAAGUUUGUAUUGCCUCUCCUGGAGGAGACACUCAGUCGACUUCAGAGGAGCCCUGUACUCCAGCAUCUCUUGAAACAGCUUGCUCAUCUGAAGUGUCCAGUUCUGAAAAUAUUGAAGGUGAUAUUCAGCAGAAGGCCAGUGAUGAAAACUUGAACACACCCUUAAUGUCGGAAAUCUCUCCGAUGUCCACCUCACCUGUAACCUCAGAAGCAUCUUUGAUGUCAAAUUUACCUUUAACAUCAGAGCCAUCACCAGCUUCUAAUUUACCUUUAACAUCAGAAACAUCUCCAAUGUCUGAUUUGCCUUUAACAUCAGAAACAUCUUCAGUAUCUUCUGUUCUUCUAACUUCUGAAACAUUUGUGACAAAUAGUUUGCCUCUUCCAUCAGAGAUAUCUCCAGUCUCUAAUUCCCCAAGCAGUGAAAGACUUAUUCUGCAACAAAGGAAAUCACCUUUGUUGGAAGACUCCCUUCCCACUCUGAAAGAAGAAAGCUCUGUCAUUCCUAAGGUGGUUCAAGAAGAGAAUCUUGUUCAGCCAAAACAACUUCAGAGUGCCCCUGAAAAUAUGAAAGUUGGUCCACUAACAAUUAUACCUGAUACUUCAGUAUUGGAAGAGUCCCAAAGUAAAAACCUCAGUCAUCAGCCAUGUAAGACACAUUCUGAAAUUGAGAAAUCCUACAUUGCAUCCAUCCCAGAACACACUCCUCCAGAGGUGAUCAAAAAUAAAAAUCACAGUGUUCAGCAAAGAGGUGACAAGAAAGGUACGCUCUUGCCCUCAGAGGUGUCUGUCUUAUCAGAAGGAUCACUUGGCAAAAAUAUCGAAUUGCUUCCAUCAAAGGCACACGAUAAACUAUAUACCUCAUCUCUAGAGAAAGCUACAUUCUCUGAAGUGUGCAGAAGUAAAUCUCACAAGCUAACAGGCAGCACCCAAAGUCGUCUAGAGAGUUCACAUUCUUCCAAGUCUUUAGAACCCACAAAAUCACCAGAAGCAAGAAAUGAAAGUAGAGACCCAGAGAUCCCAAAGAGGAAAACAGCAGAACAGCACAGUUUUGGAACCUGUAAAGAGAAGAGAGCUAGGAUAGAUGAUGAUCUGCCUACUCGCAGUGCUUCCUCAACAAGUCCAUCUGAUAAAGAACAGCCUCCCAGAGAGGAGCCCCGAGUUCCACCCCUUAAGAUUCAGCUUUCAAAAAUUGGACCACCUUUUAUCAUCAAGAGCCAGCCUGUUUCUAAACCAGAACCUCGAGUUUCCCCAAGUACAUCAGUCAGCAGUGGGAGAAACACUGGGGCUAGAACUCUGGCAGAUAUCAAAGCAAGAGCUCAGCAAGCAAGAGCCCAAAGAGAAGCUGCAGCUGCAGCAGCCGUGGCAGCAGCUGCCAGCAUAGUCUCUGGUGCAAUGGGGACCCCAUGCGAAGGUGGGAAGACAAGAACGCUGGCACACAUCAAGGAGCAAACAAAGGCCAAGCUAUUUGCAAAGCAUCAAGCCAGAGCUCAUUUACUCCAGACUAAUAAAGAAUCAAAGUCACAGUACAGCUCAAAGGAAAGUAGUACCUCAUCUCUGGAGAUACCAACGACUACUGACACGAAGAUUGAAGGUUCUACUGGUGUCAUUAUAGUUAAUCCUAACUGCAGGUCCCCUAGCAACAAGUCUUCUCAUCACCGUGAGACCACCACUUUAUUGCAGCAGUCCCUUAACACAGCUACAUUACCAGAAACUGCUACUGAGAUACCUGUGCACAGUUCUGAUGAAAAUAUACCUGUGCCACAAUUGUGUGAGAAAAUUAUUUCAUCUACCUCUACUGAAAGUAACAGUGUGCCAGUGCUUUAUAAUAAAAGUUCAGUCUCUGUGUGUGUUUGCAGCACUGCUACGUCUGGAGCAGUUAAAGAACUUCCUUUUGCAAGUUCUGUUGAUAAAUCCUCUGUGUUAAUGUCUGUUGACAGCGCAAACACAGCAAUUUCAGCCUGCAAUAUAAAUAUGCUGAAAACCAUCCAAGGGGCUGAUACUCCAUGCAUAACUGUUGGACCAAAAUGUAUUGAUAACAGUAAUGUACCAGUCUCCAUAGACAGCACAGUCUUAUCAAACACCAUCGAUGACAAAAGGUUGCCAGUGCCCAGUAGCAAUGUGAAUAACACAGUCUCCGGUCAUUAUGCCACUGUGCCAGCUUCAUCAAGUAACUUGCCAAAUCAUCUCGCUGGUAGUUCUGUGCUGAUUCCCCCAGUGGGGGCUACCAACAGAUUUCCUUCUGAUAAGAUAGCCAUAACCAGGUGUAGCGAGCAGAGCACUGUCUCCAUCCACACUACCGUCAGGUCAGCUUUAAGUUGCAGUGAGGCCCUUGCAGCAGCAGAUUCUGUUGCAAGGCCACCUAUCUCAAUGUUUACUGGUAACAUGGUGACAAUAAACUCUUAUGAUAACACUACUAAAUUGAAUGCUGAUCUCUUAGAAAAAAGCUCUGGAGCACGAAGCCGGAUGGAUCUCUCUGGUAAAUCUCAUCCACUGAGCUUUACACAAACUGCUAUGAAUAGGUCGAUACCUUGUAAAGUCAUUGUUGACCACACUACGAACCAGAAUUCCAGUCUGUCACUUUCUUCCUCUAUUGAAAACGCAGAGAACAGCAUUGACCUGCAGAGCAGACCUGUAAGGACAGAAGCUGCCUUACAAAGUAUAGCUUGUCCUCAGGUGUCUGUCAUAAGCAGGCCCGAAGUGGUUGCUAAUGAAAACCUUGAGCACAGUUCCAGCUUUAUCGCCAUUACAGCAAAGCAAGACAGCAAAAACUUGCAGGCAGGUUGUUCAAGUCUUCGAGAAGUGCCUCUUGCUCCUCAAGAUAAAUUAAUUGAGGUGGUUGCUACCAGCCAAGGCUUUGCUGAGCAACUAAGAGGUCCUUCAGCACUGAAAAAUGAAGCCAAUGCUGCCUGUGCCAAUCAGUACAACACUAACAAUAGAAUCUGUUGGCGUGAUGAGGAGGCGAUGAAUACAGACCAGCCGGUGGUCAGCCAUCUUACCUCUGGUAAGCAUAAUGAGUACACAGAGCAAAACUGCUUGAAAAAUGUCAAAAGCGAACCUUCCAGUUACACACAAAUGUCAGAACUGCAGUCCAGGAGUCUUUUGACAAGCAUUGCUGUUCCCGUUAAACUGGAAACUAAUGAGACUGACAAGUGCUUCAGGAUGGACACCGAGGAUUUUACAGUUCCUGAAAUGCCUGCCCAGAGUGCAGAAAUAGCCACGAGUGUGCAGCCACUGCAGACCUCCAAGACAUCCAUCGCGGACUCCAUGGAAGACUCCCUGUCCCUGACAACGGAAACCCUAAAGAGAGUUACGAGUGCCGGGGGCUCCAGCUGUCGCUUGUCGUCAGUGGAGGCCAACAACCCCUUAGUGACACAGUUACUGCAAGGCAAUCUGCCUUUAGAAAAAGUGCUGCCGCAGCCCAGAUCAGGAGCCAAACUAGAAAUUAACAGGCUUCCUUUGCCUUUGCAAACUACCUCAGUAUGUAAAACAGUAGUGGCUGAGAGAAAUGUCGUUGAACAUGCUUCCAACUCUCCUAAUCCAGAUGGUAAAGGAUUUACAGCAGGCAGCAUAGCCCCACUACAAAUCAGAAAGCGUGAAAACCAUCCGAAAAAGAGGAUGGCCAGGACUAUAGGGGAACAUGCUCAAAUUAAAUGUGAGCCUGGGAAGGUGUCAAUGGACACAGAUGUUAAAGUGGCUCCUUGUGUAAUUAGUUCCAGCAUGAAUCAGCUAGGGCACGGACAGCCAUUUAAGCAGGAGUGGCUUAACAAACACGCCAUUCAGAGCCGGAUCGCUCACAGCCCAGAGAUCAAGCAGCAGAAGAGACCGUUGCCUUCAUGCAGUUUCCAGCAGAGCUUAUUUCACAUUGAUAAAAAUGGCAGCUUUCACGCAGAAGCCAGUACCUCACAUAGACAGCAUUUUUACCAAAUGUCCAUGGCUGCAAGAGGCCCCAUUCCUACGGCAGCUUUGUUGCAAACUACUUCAAAAGGCCCACCUGGCUGCAACUCAUUUCCUUUUAGCAGACACCUGGAACAGAAGGGUUUGGGAGACGUGAAUAUUUCUACAGCAGCUCACCAGCUGAGGCUAGGAAGUGUGUUUUCCCCUAAUAUUCAAAUUAAGGAAGGUGAUGACAUUGCCAGUGCCUCUCAAACUCUGCAGAGUAAAACAUUAACGCAUCCCCCUGCUCCCCCUCCGCCCCUGCCACCUCCUCCCCCUCCUCACCCAAAUGCAGAAGUCCCCUCUGAUCAAAAACAACCGACAGUUACUAUGGAAACCACUAAAAGACUUAGUUGGCCUCAGCCAGCAAGCAUCUGUAGCAAUAUAAAAUCUGAACCUAUUUCUUUUGAGGAAGGUUUAAGCAGCAGCUGCGAACUGGGCAUGAAACAAGCUUCCUAUGAUCAGAACGAAGUUAAAGAACAGUUAAAAGCUUUUGCAUUAAAAAAUGCAGAUUUCUCUUCCUAUUUACUUUCUGAGCCACAGAAGCCUUUUACCCAACUUGCUGCUCAGAAAAUACAGACGCAGCACCCACAGCAGCAGCAACAGCAGCAGCAGCUCUGUGGAAAUUAUCCAACAAUACACUUUGGUAGCACAAGUUUCAAAAGGGCGGCAUCUGCAAUUGAGAAAUCGAUUGGGAUUUUAGGAAGUGGUUCAAACACUGCCACAGGCCUGUCUAACCAGAACGCGCAGAUCCCGGUUCAGAAAUUUGCUGACAGCAGCAACGCCGACGAGCUGGAACUGAAAUGCUCCUGCAGGCUGAAAGCCAUGAUCGUGUGCAAAGGCUGCGGAGCCUUCUGUCAUGAUGACUGCAUAGGGCCUUCCAAACUGUGUGUAGCUUGUCUGGUGGUGCGGUAGGAGCUCAGUCAAAGAUGCAGUAUCCCUUAUAAACGUGGGGGAGCAGGACAAAGGAACAGAGAAAUUGGAACAGUUUAGGCCACUAAUGGUUUGCAAUUAGUGGAUUGAUUUUUUUAAAUUUUUUUUUGUUUGUUUAUUUGGUUUUUUGUUUUGCUUUUUUUCUCCUGCGUGGUGCUUUCAGAAAUUAGUUAUUCUGCUUGAGUGCCAUUUUCUGGGAAGAAGAGGAAACCUGUAGAAGUAGUUUAAAUAAAGAUAGCCUUGUUACUGAGGCAUCUAUGAGCUCUCUUGCUGUGCUAAAAAGAAAAAGAAAAAUGCAUUAAUGCAUGUAAUUCGUAGCUUCUAUUUAUUUGCACAAAGUGCAGCACAUUUUUUCUCCACUGUUUGAUAUUUGAUAUGAGCUGCAGGUUAAAGAUCAGUGGAACAAUAGCACUGUAAGAAGUGGAGUAACUAUGCAGAAUGAAUAACACACUGAAUAGCAGCUGGUGUGAGCGGGGUAGUGGCAAGGUGUGGGGUGCCGACCAUUGUAGAUUCUAAGUCAGUUUGCAGUCUUUCUGCUGACAAGAUUGUUUUCUUCAAUUGACUUUCACUAUCUAGGGCUAAAAUAUAGUCACUUCACCUAACAAAA